AUGACCAUGCAUUGCUUAUGUCUAUCGUUCCUAUUAACAACUACUUGUGAUCGCCAAGGAGAGUUACUGGGUUCAAUUAUAUCAAGUUCCAAAAGUUUUUUUGUUUCUUGUUCAAUAAAUGCUUUGUCCUCUGAGUUAUAUUGUCUAGAAGUCUGUAUAAUCGCCUGGAAAAUUGCGUUUAUUUUACAUACUCAAAAUACCAAAGAAAACGGAGAAGACGAUUUUCGUCUAAAACAACAAGGUGAUUCAGAAGAUGCUGAAAUCAAAUACAACUCCUGCAUUGAAAAUUUAACUGAAAAAGAUCAAAAGCAGAACAACUGGAUUAUUUGUCUUUUGGAAAAUAAUCUCAAUUUUAUCUGGAAUAUAGUAUUUUUAGCAGCAAUAUCUGUCAUAUAUGGCAAUUAUUCAGAUGAACACAUUUUGUUUUACAUCAUAUUUACUGCUAUAACAUUUGUACUUUUUGUUCUUGCUUAUCGUAAAAUUAAGAGAAGGAAUGAAUCAAAUAAUUCAAUAAAAAAAAUCAAUGAAAAAUAUAACUCAUUUAAAGAGUAUAUCAGGGAACACCAAAAAAAUUGUUGUAUUAACUGUUUCUCUGAAUUGCUUUCAAAAAUUGAAUUAGACUUGAACACAUCUUUCUUAAAAAUAACCAACAAUGUUUCCCAAAAUCAAAAAGAAAUUCAACUGCUAAGAAAGAACUACAAAUAUGCUAAACAACAAAUUGAAAUACAACAACUAAAUCUCAUUAAUGAAUUUGAAAGUUAUAUGAGUGAAUUACAAUCUACAAUAGAAAAACAGAAUGAAAGCAAUCAACCUAAGCAAAAAAUCUUAACUGAAAUAAAAACAUUAUGUAAUGAUGUUGAUAAUAGUUAUAGAAUGAUUUUAAACAUGGCUUUAGAUGCUCAACAUGACUAUUCAUAUAUAAAAAAUUUGAAUGAAGAAGUUGAAGUUUUAAAAAAGAACCUUGGUUUUGAAAAGUACAAAAAGAAAUUUGAUGAAGUUUACAAUAAAAUUGAGUUUUCAAAAGAUAGUUUAAAAUAUGAGCAAUAUUACUCAGAGUUCAGAAAUUUUUCUGAAUGUUACUCAAAUGAAUUAAAAAAUCGGAAGAUAGAGUUGACACAGUUGUUAGAACAAUUUUCUGCAACUAAAGAAAGUAAACUUGCCAAUGAUGUAAAAAAGAGAGCAGUAAAGAUUAAAGAUGAAAAUGGUCUUGAGAUCUUCAAGCUUCCAGUUAAUAAAAUUUAUGAGAGCAAGCAACAUCAGUACAGACACUUUUCAUUUGGAUCAGAGAAUUAUUAUGAUAAACCAAAUAAGUUUGUUAUGAUGACAGGUCAGACUGGUUCUGGAAAGACAUUAAUGGUCAACAAUAUUGUAAAUUAUGUGUAUGGAAUCAACUUCAAUGAUGGUUUUCGUUUCCAAAUAGUUUUUGAAGAGGAGGAAAUAUCUGAUCGACAUCCAAAUGAAAACAACAAUUCAACAACUGCAAGUAUGACAAGAUGGAUAACCAGUUAUACUCUUUAUUAUGAGGAGGGUUUUAGGAUUCCAUUUAACUUGGUAAUUAUAGAUACCCCUGGUCUAGGUGACACACGUGGUAUAAACUAUGAUGAUUUUAUUCACAAAAUUUAUAAGGAGUUUUUCUCUGAUAAGAUCUAUCCAAUUAGUGAGCUCUCUAGUAUUGGAUUUGUUGUUAAAGCAAGUGAUUCGAAAGUUAAUGAUGAACAAAAAUAUAUAUUUAAUGCAGUUCUUAACAUCUUUGGAAAUAAUGUACAGAAUAAUAUCAGUUUGCUUUUUACAUAUGCUGAUGCUCAACCUCCUCCUGCCUUAAAUGCAAUCAAAAAUGAAAAUGUUCCUUAUGCCAAAGAAGCAGUUUUCAAAUUUAACAACUCAGCCCUCUAUUCUUCAAGGGAUGAUAAAUCUAACUUGUAUUUUUGGGAGGCUGGAAUAACAAAUCUUGAAAAGUUUUUUCUCCAUGUUAAAACAGUACAACCAGCAAGUUUAGUAUUAACCAAGAUAGUGUUAAAGGAAAGAGAAAAUUUACACAUUUAUUUAGAUAAUGUACAAAAAAUCAUCCAUGAUCAAUUUGAAACAUUAGCUUCAAUGGAAAAUGUCUCUAAAGUAGUUUUAGAAUUGAAAGGCACAAUGAAAUCUAACAAAGAUUUCAAAGUCAAGAAAACUAUUUAUCCUCAGUCAACAAAAAUAGUAGAUCAUUACAUUACUAACUGUGUAGCUUGUCAUUAUACUUGCCAUGAUCCUUGCAGUAUUAAAGGAGAUGGUAAACAAGAUUGUGCAUCAAUGAAGAAUGGAAACUGUGUUGUAUGCCCUGGAAAAUGUAGUUCGUCAUCUCACAGAAAUGGUGAUAGAAUCUAUGUUUAUACCAAAGUUGAAGUUGUAGAAACUAUUGAAGAUAUGAUGAAUCGCUACAAGAUUGCUUUAAAUGAUGAGCAAGCUAAGAAAAAAAUUCUUCAGAAGCAGCUUGAUGAUUACAUUAAACUUAAAAAAAGAUUGUAUAAAAAAAUCUAUAAAGCUGGUUUAGCUACAAAAAAGUUAGAAGAGAUAUCUAUUAAAAGGAGCUAUCUUAAUAGUGUUACUUAUAUUGAAAGGUUAAUUGAGUCAGAAUGGAAAAGUAACAGACCUAACAAACUUGACAGGAUAAAGCAGCUUGAACAUUUUAAAGAACGAGCAAAACUGCUGAACAAAAUGCAGAAAGAUCCAGAAAUGAAUGAUUUCUGGACAAUGAGUGAAUAUGAAACAUCUGUUAUGAAUGGUAUUAAACAGUUAGAUAUUAUUUACAACAAUUCCAAAAACAGUAUGAGUGAUAAAAGUUCAGUAGAUAUAAAUGACAGUAAUAACAUUUGGAAAAAAAAGUUUUGGAUUGGAAUGAAAGAUAAAUUUUUCGGUUGGAUUGAUAAUGCUGAACCAACUCAAUUUGAAUCAUAGUGGAGUUCAACAUAGUACGAUUAGCGAAAUUUCGUAAACGGAAGAAUGAAAACGGACACUGACUUGAUGGAAUUGAAAACUUUUAUGCUUUAUGAAUUUAAAGCUUAUCGAAAACAACUACACUUUUUUUUUUAUUUUUGUAAUAUUUUUUUAAAAUUCUUUUAAUAAUUUUUUGUCA